UUUUGUGCCCAAAGUUCCAAUAAAGUAUUGUUGAAAUUCGAUGAGCAAAACCAUGGACCAGCACCGCCGGUAUCCCGUUCCCAAUUCCACAGAUUUCCGCUCCCCACUCCGCACUCCCAGUACUUAAACCACCUAAAAACCAAGCAAAAUCCCACCUCCCGAACCCUGGACUCAUAGACAAGGAAUUGGGAGAUUCGAUUUCUGCUAUUCAGCCCACGCCCACUGGUUCAACCGGUUUCUUCAAAUCUCAGGCUUCAAGGCCGCAACUUUUCCCCCGUUGGGGUUGGACUUGGACAGCUGCCGUGCUUGGGAGGCAUUGCCGGCAACGGGAGGUCCAAUCAUCGAUCCUUCGGUAGGUAAUGGAGCAUUUUGGAUUUGUUCCGGCCACUUUAUGGUUGAGAUUUGCUAUUUGUCCUCAUUAAGCAAGCAGGUCUGUGAUGGCCUUACUUUUCUUGUGAAAUAAAAUGAAUGGGGAUCUCAACCAGGAUAGAUUAGAUGGCCUGGAGGUGUUAGUAACAAUUGAUGAGAGAGAAAUGUUGCAAAUUAGGAGUUACAUGUGGUUUCGAGCGUUUCUUGGUAGAAACAGAAUAUUCGUUGUUACUCCCUUCCUGCCUGGUUCCUGAGAUAAGGGAUGCUUUGCUUGGCGUUCACUGCUGAAUUUGUUUCACUGCAUUAUCUCCAAUGUAGGGAGGAAAUGUCCCAUGUAGGUUGUGUCUGCUGUGCAAGUGGGACGAUACAUUCAUCCUAGAUGCCACAUCAGCACCUCACUCAUGUUUUGACAAUAUGAUUGCCCAACAUGUUCUUCCAUUCUAUUCCCCAUUUUUCAUGUUUUCUAGACGUUUUUCUUUUAAUGUGGUAUAGUUCUUGCCAUUUCACCUGGUAGAGCGGUGCCACUAUUUUACUUCUGUGUUAUGCAACGCUCAUUUUUGUAAUAUAGGAGAUUGGCCCUUUUGACUUAAAUCCAAUGUUUCAUCCAUUGCAAAAGGCAUCGCUUCCUUAUGAAAAAAAUGCCAGUAUUAGUUGGCAGGGAGGGAUGGAGGAGCAUCUGAUUGCGAAGUUAAUUUCUGAGCGCACCUUCCAUGCCUAUGAUAUAAUGAGCUCAGACUCUGCCGCUCAGCUAUAUAUAAAAGCACUGGGAAAAAAUGUCGGGUAUUACUUGGGAGGGACUAGAGAGGGAGGAGCAUCCCAUUGCAAAGUUAAUUUCUGAGUGCACCUUCCAUGCCUAUGAUAUAUGAGCUCAGAUAGAUUGUAUAUAAGGACCACGGUUCAGAUUACUGUCAAGCAUGUCUCUACUUUCAAAGUUGCGCUUGAUCACCGUGGAUGUUACUGGUACACUGAUUGCUUACAAAGGACACCUUGGGGAUUACUACUGUAUGGCAGCAAAGUCUGCUGGGAUGCCAUGUCCUGACUAUAACCGCAUGCAUGAGGGCUUCAAGCUUGCAUACACUGAGAUGGCAAGACAGUACCCUUGCUUUGGAUUUGCAGCUAAGAUGCCGAACAUCGAAUGGUGGAGGACAUGUGUUAAGAAUUCAUUCGUUAAGGCUGGCUAUGAUUAUGAUGAAGAGACAUUUGAGAAAGUCUUCAGGCGCAUUUAUUCUGCAUUUGGCUCCUCUGCGCCAUACUCGGCGUUUCCUGAUUCGCAGCCCUUCCUAAGGUGGGCACGCGAAAAGGGACUCACUGUUGGCAUCGUCAGCAAUGCAGAAUACCGCUACAAAGAUGUAAUCCUGCCAGCUUUAGGAUUGAAUCAGAGCUCCGAAUGGGACUUUGGGGUGUUCUCAGGUGUCGUUGGCGUUGAGAAGCCAGACCCAAGAAUUUACAAGAUAGCGCUGGAGAUGGCAGGAAACGUCGCUCCGGAAGAAGCGCUCCACAUAGGUGACAGCAUGCGGAAGGACUACACCCCAGCUAGGAGCAUCGGGAUGCAUGCGCUGCUCCUGGACCGGUUCAAGACUGCCGACGCUGAGAGCUGGAGGCAGUCAGGCGCCACGGUGCUCCCGGACCUUGUCGCCACUCAAGAGUGGCUCACCAAGGAUCAGAAUGACGAACAGGAGGAAACAGUGGCAGCACGAGUGCUGAAGAGAAUGUCCGAAAAGCUAUAGAUGGGGGCUUUAACCAUGCAUUAAUUCUACGAGUGUUCCUUUAUAUUAUCUAGCUAUGGACUGAAGGUCCAAAAGCAACUUAUGCUGAUGAGAGGUUGGUGACGAUUCUUGGCUACUGGCUACUGUAAUUAGCUUGAGCUACUAUUCUGGUUGCAGCAUCUGUGGCUGAACACGAGUACCAUAUCUGAGUGUCAUAAGUCAUGUUGCGAAGAACAUGAGUAGCAUAUUUCAGGUGCCGUUUGGUUCAUAUAUUUGUAAUGUAAUGGGUAACGGAUAACGUUAAAUCAUGUUUGUUUUAGUCCAA